GUGCCCCUCGGGCGGCUCCCGGGCCGUGCCCGCCGCCGGGCCCUGGGGCAGCUACCUCUGCGACGCGCCCUGGCGCCUCCUCGCCUCCGCGGUCCGCGCCAUGAGCAGCCGCCUGCAGCAGCCGGACUUCGUCCUCUGGACCGGGUGAGGAUGGGCCGGGCCGGGGUCCCGCCGGGGGCACUCGCUGCCCGGCCGCCCCAGCAGCGGCCGUCGGACAGGAUCUGAACCUGCCGGAGGCGGGUCUCCUCGGCUCGCGUCCUGCAGUCCUGGGGGUUGAGGGACGGUGUCCACCUCUUCAGAGAGCUGCUCCUCCCAGAGAGUCGCCAAAUACUCCGGGAGCUGGCAGGGGGGGUUCUGGGGUCGUGCAUUGCUCUCGGGGUGUGGCACCAUCCUGCCUGCUCUGAGGGUUGCCGGGGUUUGGGUGGCGGAAGGGGCAGCCGGAGGGCCGGGGCCUAAGGAGCUUGUGGGACAUCCAGGGCUCUUUACCUGGUAACCAUUUUGGCGAGGUUUGAGCUAAGGAUGUGCCUCGUAACGCAAAAUGGAAGCUUGGGGGAGAGCGUAACUGUGAUGAGGCCUCUCUAUGCCAGCAAGAGGCUCCCAACAAGCCCCAGCAGUGAGAAAGAGAUGAUACUCCGCACGUCCCCAAUGAGAAGCUUGGAGAAGAAAAAGUUCUGUACAUAAUAAAAAAUCUGACUACUCUGAUAAAAGAGGCAUUUCCAGAUACUAAAGUCUAUGCAGCAAUGGGCAAUCAUGACUUCCAUCCUAAGAAUCAGUUUCCAGGGAAGGAGCACAGGAUCUACAACCGAACAGCUGAACUGUGGCAUCCCUGGCUGAAUGAUGCUUCCCUUCCUCUUUUCAGGGCAGGAGCUUUCUACAGUGAGAAGCUGCCCAGCCCAAGCGUGAGGGGGCGAAUGGUUGUCCUCAACACCAAUCUGUACUAUGACAAGAAUGAGGUGACAGCUGCUGAGGAAGAUCCUGGAGGACAAUUCCAGUGGCUGGAAGAAACGCUGACCAAUGCCUCUAGAGCAGAUGAAAGGGUCUACAUCGUGGGGCACGUCCCUCCUGGCUUCUUUGAGAAGAAACGACACAAGCACUGGUUCCGAAGUGGCUUUAAUGAACAGUACUUGAAAAUUGUGCAGAAGCACCACAGAGUGAUUGCUGCCCAGUUCUUUGGGCACCAUCACAUGGACAGCUUUCGGAUGUUUUAUAAUGAUAGAGGUUCUCCAAUCAGUGUCAUGUUUGUGGCCCCUGGAGUGACUCCUUGGAAAACAACAUUACCUGGAGUGAACAAUGGAGCCAACAACCCUGGGAUUCGGGUGAUCGACUACGAUGUAGACACCCUUGAAGUGCUGGAUAUGGUGACUUACUACUUGAACCUAACUCGUGCCAACAUGGUGGCCUCAACACAGGAGGAAGAGCUCCCAACAUGGGAGGAAGAGUAUAGGCUGACGGAAGCCUUCCAGGUCCCUGAUGGCUCGGCACGCUCCAUGCAAACGGUGCUGGAGAGGAUAUCGGAAGAUCCACGCUAUCUGCAGCAGUACUAUGAGUUUAACUCCGUCAGAUAUGACCUCAGCCCGUGUGAGGAGGCGUGCCGCGUCGAUCAUGUUUGUGCCAUUAGGGAAGUUGAUUUUACAAAAUACAAUGAGUGUGUUAAAACCGGCAGCUCUGCCUCUGCCAUCAUCAGCGGUUGGUUUUUAUUAUUUUGCUUGCUCUUAGGACUUCUGAGUCCCCUGCGAAUGCUGUAAUGACAGAGCAAGAGCAAAUGAAGAGAGCGCAUAUGAAUCAGCAAUCAUGAAUGCUUUGGCAUUGAGAACUUAUUCAGAAACCAAGACAAAAUCAGUGCCUUUUACAUGAAGCUCUGUGAUGUCGAUUUGAAAUCUUCUAGAAAAGCUUGCUGAAUUGGGAAAGGGCAGUGAUUGCUACAAAGUCUUUGCACUAAGGAGUGUGUCUCCCCUCUGCUGUGACGUCUGAGGUCAUCUCACGAAUCAGGUAGAGACUAGGCCUCCCCGUGAACUUCAGCCUACGGUGGAUGAGAGCUGUGAGCUGCCACAUGCUCCAAGAAUUCUGCUGCCGGGUGCGUUCCUCAUGUUGGCACAGGCUUCCCUUCUGGAAGGACCGCACAAAGGUCUUGUUUUGGCCCUGUAUGGCAGCAGCCUUGCCUUCAGCUCAGGAGCAAAGCCAGGUGGGACUAGUUCUUCCUUUCACAGCGUAUGAACUUGAGCACAUCUGGGCCGUGACUUUCACAUGUCACUGCCCAAGGUGAGCUUCCAGGGUAAGGAGCUUGAUUAUUAUUAUUUUUUUAAAUUUUUAUUUUUUGUUUCCCCCAACUGCUGAUCAUAAACAGCUCUGCCUUUCUGUGAUCUCUUAACUCACACCCACGCAGUUUCUUCCUUAGCUGGGCAUUGCAAGCUGACCUUGGCCAUUACAAAACACUGAAGGCGCGUUGGUGCGCGGUGGGGUGCCCACCAGGCAGCCGCCAUGGGGCGGGUGCCCCGUGUUGGAAGAGGAGCGAGGGCGCAGGGGGAGUAGCUGCCUGCGGCGCUGGGGCUUUGCAGCGUGGUUGGUAUUUAUCAGAGCGUGUGCCUAAGUACGCUGGUUUGGGCUGGGAUAGAGGUAAUUUUCUUCACUGUAGCUGGUACGUGUGUUUUGGGUUUGGUAUGAGAGUAGCGCUGAUGGCACGUUGAGGUUUUAGUUGUUGUUAAGUAGCGGUUAAGUGUCCCAAAGUAGUGCCUACACUAGUCAGGGACUUAUCCAGCCUCCCCUGCUCUGCCAGGGGCACAAGAAGCUGGGAGGGGAGGGGGCAUUGCUGGGGCAGCUGACCCCACACUGUAUGAUGUCAUGCUCAGCACAUAGAGCUGGGGGAGAAGGAGGAAUGGGGGGGAUGUUGGGAGUGAUGGCGUUUGUCUUCCCAAGUCACAGUUAUGCAUGAUGGAGCCCUGCUGUUCUGAGAACGGCUGAGCACCCGCCUGCCCGUGGGGAGGGGUGAAGGAAUUCCUUUGCUUGUGUGCGCGGCUUUUGCUUUUCAUUAUAUUAUUAUUGUUAUUACUAUUACUGUUUUGCUUUGCCUAUUAAACUGUCUUUAUCUCGA